CAUCAACCACCCCGCAUAACCAGCACAAGUGACUACAUCUUCAGCAACUUGCGCUAUUUAGGGUAUCUAUACUCGUUGGAAACCCUUCAGUAAUGGGUUCAACAGCAAAGUCAACACAUGUCCCGGUUCUCGUAGUAGGGGGUGGUGUCGUUGGACUCAGCGCCUCGUUGUUCCUCAGCUACCAUGGAGUCCGCACGGUUCUCGUAGAGAAGCAUGAAGGGACUUCGAUCCAUCCACGGUCUCGAGGUGUCAACACUGGAACGAUGAACUCUACCGUGAACUGGACAUAACUGCUGCCAUCAAAGAAGCUGGCAAAUCCAUGGCCCCAACAGGCGGCAUCAAAUCAGCAACAACUUUCUACUCAGCCAUAUCUCCAAUUGCCAGAACUCCCCCAGGCAAACGUACUUUCCGGCCAAGUGCCUUCAAGUCACUUCUCUCAACCAUGAGUCCGGAAGAAGGUCUCUUCAUAUCCUUAGAGCUACUCGAGCCAGUCCUUCUAAGCGCAGCACGAGAACGAGGUGUCGAUGCACGCUUCUCUACGGAAUGUUUGGGUAUUACCCAGAAUGGAGAGAAAGUGACUGCCCGGUUGAGAAAAAGAGAAAGUGGUGAGGAGUACGAGAUCUCCGCCGAUUACUGUAUUGCAGCCGAUGGAGCGAGUUCGCCGAUACGUGAACAACUCGGGAUCACGAGGACUGGACAAAAUGCCAAUGCAGGACAUCUCCUGAACAUUCUUUUCAACGCAGAUCUCGGCUCCUUCGUACGAGGACGAGAAUACUCAAUAAUCACUGUCCACCAUCCUGGCAUGCCCAUAAAUCCCGGCGAGACACCAAGAGCCAUCGACGGAGUCUUCACCAGUAUCAAUAACGCCAAGCGCUGGGUCUUCCAUCUGUGCUAUGAUACUUCCAAGGGCGAAAAGCCCGAAGACUUCCCACACGAGAAGUGUGAAGAGAUCGUUAGAACAGCACUUGGUAUGGACGCCAGUCCAGAACCGUCAGAACGAGAUGUCAAAGUGGAGAUCAUAUCAGUUCUCCCAUGGCAAGCCAGCGUCCGUAUCGCCUCGCGAAUGCAAGAAGGUCGAAUCUUCCUAGCCGGCGAUUCGGCUCAUCAGAUGCCUCCAUAUGCCGGACAGGGCGCCAAUUCAGGGAUUGCAGAUGUGCAUAAUCUCGCUUGGAAACUGGCUGCUGUCCUGCAUUCUAAGGACUCGCCCUCGCCAUAUGAAUCGCUUCUGAGAACGUAUGAAGCAGAACGUCUGCCUGUCGAUACGUAUGCAGCUGAGGUCUCUGGCGCGGCGGCGGAUGAAAAGGGUCUUUUGUAUCUGAAGCCCAAUCUGAGGACUGCUGAUAACCUGGCGAGGCGAGCACUGCUCGUUCCGGGUGUGAGCGUCAUGUAUGAAGGGAAGGGCGUGGGUAUCGUUCCUGAAGAUCCUGGAUUACUUCGUGGCGCGAGUUGGCGGGCUUGGAGCUUUGCUGGGUUGGUGAUGGGGCUUGAUGGCAGGCCGGGGAGGAGAGCACCACAUGUGUGGUUGGAGAAGAAUGGGAGUGAUAGCAAGGAGGAGGAUGGGAGGAUAUCGACUCUGGAUCUGUUUGGACGGAGUUUUGUCCUUCUUGCUGGGUCGGAAGGUCGUGCCUGGGUGACAGCUGCCGAGAAGCUUGCCUCAUCUCAAUCGCUGCCACGAGCGCUUCAGGUCAAGACAAAUGUGGUUGGAGGCAGUGGGAGUGGGGAUUAUUUUCCUGUGGAUGGCAAAACAAGCUUCGAGACUGCGGCGGGGAUAUCGAGUACUGGUGCUUUGUUGGUCAGACCAGAUGGUGUUGUGGCGUGGAGAGCUAGGAGGUUACCGAGUGCACAUGAGGAGAAGUUGGAGGAUGUUUUCCAACAGCUGUUGAAGCGAACGAGGACGUGAGUGAAGUCCCCAUUUGAUUGAUUAUUUGUAUACUUCGUAUAGCCUCGCCUCUUAGACAGUUAAUUUCGUUGGAGAGAACUUAUAAUAGAUAAUGAAGGGGCUCCGGGCCAUUGUAUUGUUAUUAUUGGACAGUAGUCAUGAC